AUCUGUGAGAGUAUACCACCGCCUACCCCAGGUGUUUCUGGCAUCAUCUUUUUCUACAAUACCGCUUCUAUUGCGCACACCCGUAUUUUCCCCUGAGCCCGGCUAACCAUGCUUCUGGAUAUAUGCGUGGUGUGUAUCCUCGGAGGCCCCGGCGCUGGGAAAGGAACACAGUGCUCGAUUCUCCAGACAAAGUUCCUCUGCGCGCAUUUCAGCGUGGGAGACAUGCUCCGUAGCGAACUCUCCGAUCCGGAUAGUCCACACCGCGAGCUGAUUCUCAAAAGCAUGGAAUGCGGGCGUUCGGGCCCCAAGGAGAUAAAUAUUGGAAUCCUCCAGAGCCACAUUCAAGAAGCGUAUGCCAAGGGCGUGCGCACAUUUUUCUUGGAUGGAUUUCCCCGCAGGCUGGAUCUAGCCGAGUAUUUCGAAGAGCAUGUGGCGCCCGUGUCGCUGGUGCUUGUGCUCGAAUGCCCCCGCAAGGUCAUGAUGCUGCGGGCCUUGCGGCGACGGCGCAACGAGAGAGAUAACGUGGACAACACAAACAAAAGGAUUAACACUUUCGAGGAGAAGACUGUGGACGCUAUAAGGAAAUAUGAAGCCGCUGGAAAGGUUGUGCGGGUGCAGGCGGACGCUGAUGUGCCGACCGUUAGUGCGGCAAUUGAAGAGACUCUGCGGCAAUCGGCAAUACGGCUAGAUUUACGAACAUCGGAGAUGGAAGACCAGGGGUGAAGUUUACGAGGGAUUUACUAGGUCGAUGGUCACGUGAGGAAUGUUGACGUUUUUGGCAAGUGUGGAGGUUUAGCUGAACCUCGCUCGCUGAUCGAUUAUAGUAUAAUACAUUGAC